AUGUCUACCAGCAUUGCGCAAGUUCCUUUCGACAAUUCGAGUGAUGAGAAUGUCUUUCACACCUCAGAGAGACAAGGAAAGACGGCGGCAAAGGAUACAAUUAUUCCUUUCAUAGCUGAUCUUGAGGGAGAAGGAAUCGAGGUCGUGAAACAGAGAAUAACAGAGAAAGCCGAAGCUGUUGAACUCAUUCCCACGGAAGCUUUUCAAUGGAAUGUUGAGGGUGGCCAAUCACCUUUUCCUGAGGUUGCUGCUUGCGUACCGAAUAAAGAUGAUCCGAGUAUCCCAUGUAGUACGUUUCGUGCAUGGUUUCUCACCACUGUCUUUGUGAUCCUCUUUGCUGGCGCCAAUCAAUUCUUCGCUUUACGCUAUCCUUCCCUUACUAUCGGAUAUGUCGUAGCACAAUUGUUAGUGUUCCCCAUUGGACGAGCAUGGGAGAAGUUACCUCGAUGGAGACUACCACUGGGUUCCUUGUCCUUUGACAUUAAUCCCGGGCCCUUUUCCAUAAAAGAACACUCCCUCAUUGUCAUUUGCGUGAACAUUAGUGCGAGCGCUGCCUAUGCCACAGGUGCCCUCGUAGCAAUUGUCAGUCCCGUCUUCUGGGACCACGAUAACGGAGCAGGUUUCUCAUUCCUAUUCCUCCUCACCACGCAAAUGCUUGGAUUUGGUCUUGCCGGUAUGGCCCGUCGAUGGCUCGUUUACCCUGCAGCUCUCAUUUGGCCUUCAUCAUUAGCAUCGACGGUUCUCUUCCGGACUUUACAUGAACCGCAGGAGCACUUUUCCGCAAAUGGCUGGACGAUAUCCCGGUAUCGAUUUUUCUCCUACUUCACCAUCUUUGCGUUUGUGAUUUUCUGGUUUCCCGAUUACCUAUGGACGAGUCUAAGUACAUUCUCCUUCAUCACUUGGAUCGUUCCGCACAAUCAAAUUGUCAAUACUAUCUUUGGGAUGAAUUCUGGUCUUGGGUUACUGCCCAUUAGUUUUGAUUGGACGCAGAUUACAUAUGCUGGUACUCCCCUCACGACACCUUUCUACAUUACAUGCAAUGCCUUUGCCGUUGUAGUGAUCUUUUAUCUAUUUCUAUCCCCUAUCUUGUAUUACAGCAAUGUUUGGAAUAGUGGCUAUCUACCAUUACUCUCCUCAGGUACCUUCGACAAUACAGGCGGCACUUAUAAUAUCACACGGGUUGUGGAUGAGAAUUUGGAAUUUGUCCUCGGUAAGUAUGAAGAGUACUCGCCGAUGUAUAUCUCCAUGUCAUAUACAUUAUCAUACGCCCUAUCCUUUGCGGCCGUCACCGCCAUCAUCUUCCACACCUAUCUCUACAACGGAAAGGAAAUCUGGGCCAAAUUUAAAAAUUCUCGAUCUGGAGGCGAGGACAUUCACAAACGGCUCAUGAAUCACUACCAAGAAGUACCCGACUGGUGGUACGGCGUCCUAACCCUCAUCGUCAUCGGACUCGGCAUCUUCACCGUCCAGUACUGGGAUUCCGGGCUACCGGUCUGGGGCUUCAUCGUCGUAUGCUGCGGCAUGGGCGUGCUCCUCAUCAUACCCGACGGCAUUCUCGAAGGCACAACCAAUCAGCGCGUCUUCCUCAACAUCAUCGCCGAGCUCAUUGCCGGGUAUGCGUGGCCCGGAAAACCCAUUGCCAACAUGAUGGUGAAAUGCUACGGAUACAACUCCGUCAAACACGGCAUGGAUUUCGCGCAAGAUCUCAAGCUUGGACAAUACAUGAAGAUACCGCCACGGGUACUCUUCGUUGGACAAAUCUACGCCUCUGUGCUGGCGACUGCUACACAGACGGGUGUAUUGCGCUGGAUGCUUAGCAACAUUCCCAAUCUGUGCAGCUCGAAAAACACACAGCGGUUUACGUGUGCCGGGUCGAAAGUCGUGUAUAAUGCGUCGCUGAUCUGGGGGACGAUUGGUCCUCAGCGUAUGUUUCAGGCGGGUCAGACAUACAACAGUAUUAUGUAUUUUUUCUUUAUUGGACCUAUUGUUACCAUUGCCGUCUACUACAUUUAUCGUAGGUACCCUAAGAGCUGGGUGCGGUAUAUCAACGUUCCUGUAUUUUUCAACGCGGCGGGUAAUAUUCCGCCUGCGAAUACGACGCAGUAUUCGCUGUGGUUUAUAUUUGGAUUUCUAUUCAAUUUCCUCAUUCGCAAACGUGCGUUUGCGUGGUGGAAACGAUAUAAUUAUCUCCUCCAAGCAGCCAUGGACACCGGCACCGCACUCGCCACUGUAAUAAUAUUUUUCGCACUAACCUACAACCGCAUAACACUUACAUGGUGGGGAAAUACCGUUGGAUCCAACACCGACGAUGCUAAUUCGGUGCCUUACCUUACUGUUGGUGCUGGCGAGCAUUUUGGUAAGGGGAAGGGGCAGUUUUAA